CCACAAAUGAAUAUAAUAAAAUAAUAUAGUUGAACAGGAAGCAACUCAGAUCCUGUCUAUUUGCUUUUAAAAUCUCAUCUUUUCCACUCUCUUUCUAUCCAUUCUCUGCUCUAAGCAACACCAAUCCGUGUCUCUGGUUCUCUCUAAGAAAAAUGGAGGACUAGCUCCCAGUUCUGCUCCCACUCAGACACGCUUCCAUUUUUCCUGUAAGGUGAUAAAUUAUCCAGGAGGAAUAGUGCUAAGAAAACAUGGCGUUAGGGAAAUAUGCUCGAGUAGACAACAGAAGAUCAUCGUCGUCCUACUGCUCGAUGGUGUCUAUUGUCAUUUUUGUGGCGCUUUGUUUAGUUGGGGUUUGGAUGAUGACAUCAUCCUCUGUUGUUCCUGUUCAAAAUGUGGAUGCUCCUCAGGAGAAUAAGGAUGAGGUGAAGGAACAAGUGAGUGAGAGCAAUGGUGGUAAUACUCGGCAAUUUGAGGAUAAUCCGGGCGAUUUGCCCGAGGAUGCGACUAAAGGAGACAUUAAUGUAAAUUCUGAGAGCAGCUCUAACACGGAAGAAACCCAAGAAGAGAAACUGGAAGAGAAGCCUGAGGAAAGACCUGAAGAGAAUCUGGAGGAAAAGACUGAAGAGAGGCUGGAGGAAAAGCCUGAAGAGAGGCUGGAGGAAAAUCCUGAUGCAAAUGAAGAUACCAAGUCAGAUGAUGGAUCAAAUACUGAAGGAAGAGAUGGAGAAAGAAGAACAGAUGAUGAAGAACCAAAUUCAGAUGGUGGGGAGGCAAAAACUGAUGGAGGUGAUGGUUCUGAGCAAGAAGAUGGUGCGGGUGAGAAAAAGUCUGAUUCGAAUGAGAAUGAGAAUAAAUCAGAGAACUCGGAUGAAACCGAGGAUGGAGAAAAGGUGGGUGGUCAGGUAGAGGAGAAGGUGGAGCAAAAUGAGAAGAAGGAAUCGGAUGAAAACUCCAGCGAGAAAAAGGAAAAUGAUCAGCCCCAAAACCAGAGUUUAAAUGAGGUAUUUCCUUCUGGUGCUCAAUCAGAGAUUUUGAAUGAAUCUACCACCCAAAGUGGGGCUUGGUCAACUCAAGCAACAGAGUCAAAGAAUGAGAAAGACUUUCAAAAAUCUUCCGCCCAACAGACCAGCUAUGAUUGGAAACUUUGCAAUGUCACUGCUGGGCAUGAUUACAUCCCAUGCCUUGACAAUUGGCAAGCAAUUAGAAGUCUUAGAAGUACUAAGCAUUAUGAGCAUCGAGAGAGGCAGUGUCCUGAGGAAGCCCCCACUUGCCUUGUUUCUCUUCCUGAAGGAUAUAGGCGCCCAAUUGAGUGGCCUAAUAGCAGGGAAAAGAUCUGGUACCAUAAUGUUCCCCACAUCAAGCUUGCGCAAGUUAAGGGGCAUCAGAAUUGGGUGAAAGUUACUGGAGAAUAUCUCACUUUUCCCGGUGGUGGAACCCAAUUUAAGCAUGGUGCUCUUCAUUACAUUGACUUCAUACAGGAUUCUGUGCCUGAUGUUGCCUGGGGAAAACGCUCCCGUGUUAUAUUGGAUGUUGGAUGUGGAGUUGCUAGCUUUGGAGGUUAUCUAUUUGAUAGAAAUGUGCUUGCUAUGUCAUUUGCCCCAAAGGAUGAACAUGAAGCCCAAGUGCAAUUUGCACUUGAAAGGGGAAUUCCCGCAAUAUCUGCUGUAAUGGGCACAAAGAGACUUCCAUUUCCUGACCGAGUUUUUGAUAUUGUCCAUUGUGCACGCUGUAGAGUUCCAUGGCACAUAGAAGGUGGUAAACUUCUUUUGGAGCUGAAUCGUCUGUUGCGUCCUGGUGGUUUCUUUGUCUGGUCUGCUACUCCAGUAUAUCAGAAGCUUCCUGAAGAUGUUGGAAUAUGGAAUGAGAUGAAGGAAUUAACAAAAGCAAUGUGCUGGGAACUAGUUUCGAUCAGCAAUGAUACAGUAGAUCGAGUCGGUGCAGCUGUAUUUAAGAAACCUACUUCUAAUGAGUGCUAUGAGAAAAGAUCACAAAGUGAGCCUCCUAUCUGCCCAGAGUCCGAUGAUCCUGAUGCAGCCUGGAAUGUGCCAUUGCAAGCGUGCAUGCACAAAGUGCCUGCAGAUGCAUCAGAGCGUGGGUCUCAAUGGCCAGAGCAAUGGCCAGCUAGGUUGGAAAAACCACCUUACUGGUUAUUGAGUUCCCAGGUUGGAGUUUAUGGUAAACCUGCUCCCGAGGAUUUCACUGCUGACUAUGAGCACUGGAAACGAGUGGUGACCAAAUCAUAUCUUAACGGGUUGGGGAUUAACUGGUCAAAUGUGAGGAAUGUCAUGGACAUGAGAUCUGUGUAUGGAGGAUUUGCUGCAGCUUUGAAAGAUUUAAACAUUUGGGUCAUGAAUGUAGUCUCGAUAGACUCCCCAGAUACCCUACCCAUAAUUUAUGAACGAGGUCUAUUUGGUAUAUAUCACGAUUGGUGCCAAUCAUUUAGCACGUACCCUAGGUCCUAUGAUCUUCUCCAUGCAGACCAUCUGUUCUCCAAGAUUAAACAGAGGUGUAAGUUAGUUGCGGUAGUUGUGGAGGUCGAUCGGAUCCUCAGGCCAGAGGGGAAGCUUAUUGUUCGUGACAAUGUUGAGACCAUUAAUGAGCUUGAGAACAUGCUGAAGUCUAUGCAUUGGGAGGUCCGUUUGACAUACUCUAAGGACAACGAGGGAUUGUUGUGUGUUCAGAAGUCCAUGUGGCGACCUAACGAAUCAGAGACAAUCAAGUAUGCAAUCGCUUAAGCGUGAUCAAAUCACUUCUUGAGCUGCUAUUCUUGAGGUCAUAACCCCAAAGAGGUUCGAUACUCCUUUAGUUUUGCUCUUAUUCAUAUUUAUUGCAACUGUACUACCACCAUAAUAGCCCAUAUAUCAUGUUAGAUAUAAAGGUCUUUCAAUCUGUUGUUUUUCGUUCACUCAUUUCUUUGUUUUGAUUUUUAAUAUAUUAAGAGGUUGCUGUCUGAUUUUCACUGUAAUAUCAUACCACUUGUUGUUGAUGGGAAAAUGGGACAUGCUUGCAAGUGUAAAUCACAAUGGUCAAGAUAUCCGAUUAUCCUAGAUUUUUGGUAUUUAUCAUUAUGAAAUGUCGCGUUUACUCU